AAAGAGCAAGCCAAACACAAAACUGAGAUUGAAAAGCUAAUUUGUUCACUCCAAAACGAAUUAAAGGAUUCACAGAAGACUAAUUCUAUAGUGAAAUCAUUACAAACUCAAUUAGAGGAUUCCCGUGCUAUUAAUGAACUAUUGAAAAGAAAUUAUGAAUCUCUAAUAGAAGAGAAUAAAAUAUUGCGUGAAAAUAUUCGUAGAGCUGAGUUAGAAAAAGGGACACAACUGGAAUUUGUAAAAAAAUUGGGUCACGAGAUUGCAAUGAAUUCUGGGUUAGAAAAUGAUUUAUCAAAAUCAUCAUUACCUCAAGUGACUCGAAACGGACAUUCAAACCAAAUUUCUGAACCAAUCAAAGAUUCAGAAUGGACAGGUGAUAAUGAUGUAGAUCAAAUUGAGAAAGAUGAUUGUAAAAGUAAAAUAAUAACGGACGAAAUUGCAAAUAAUAACGAUAAUAAAGGUGGAACUAUAGAAGAAAGCAAAAUAGGUUAUACUUCAAAUAUUGUGAACAAGCAUGGUUUUAAAAUGAUUAAAACGUCAAUGCUGCAAGGUAUUGAUGCAUCAAUAGAUAAUGUAAUGAUGGCAAUUAAACAAGAAACUAUCAAUGGUGAUCUUACUAAAAACAAGUUAACCAAAAAAUGUUCACGGACGAUAGUAAUGUCUUCGAAAGGAAGAGGUGUUAAAACCACAAAGAAUGAGUGUAUGGCUGAAUCAUCUGAUAGUAAUCAGGUUGUGAAAAAAGUUAAAAGUGAAAUAAAGUCGGAAAAAGGAAUUCAAUCAAUAAAGAAUGUAAGCUUGACCUGGAUUGUUGGUUCUUUGUUGGCUUUACUUUUUUUACAUUCUAUGGUCAUCAUAUUCAUUCAAACCACAUUCUUUCAGAGUCGAUUCCCAUUACCAUGGUUAAAUUCACCAACUUAUAAUAAUUCUUCACUAUUUGAAACAUCAAUUUGGAAUUCUUCCUUGUCCAAUUUGUUAAAUUGGAUUUUGUCAUGGUUUAAUUUAUCGAAUUGGGGUUCAUCGACUUGGAAUUUACCAGCGACUGAUAUUAUAUCUUGGGAUGCUUCAAUGAUUAACGCUGAAGCGUUAAAAAUAGGAGUAACGACUUUGGAGUUUUCAAUGGGUUGGAUAGU